AACGCGCACACAGGAAGACGCGUGCGGUCACCCAGCGCUCACCGCGCACACCCGCACGGUGUUUCUUUUCCCUUCUAUUCCUUCUUCAGGAGUUUGAUUUAAAACCGCAGACCCACGGUGUUUGUUCGCAGUCGCCGACAGGACGGAGAGGAGAAGUUCUGGCAGAGGCGCAGCAGAAUUUCUGGCGAAAGUUGGAUUACAGCGGAGCGACGUGAACUGAGGGAAUAAAGCUGCACCAGAGGAUGAGCAUUUUGGAAAUCAGCGGAGCUCAGUGCUGCCAACGGCUGUGUGGCGAGUGUAGAUAAGCCCCUUAUGAGGUGAAAAGCCCUCCCCAUCCUGCAGUAUCCCCUCCCAGCACCACCGGCAGGAAUAAGGGAUGUCAGGACUAUUCCUCUCUUUGGCAGUACUCAUUGUCUUCAGCAGCAUCCAGGUGUCUCCUGCUGCCACCUUGCAUAAGCUGAAGGACGACUGGAACCAGUACAUGAUGGAAUGUGAACAUAACCACAGUCAAUAUCCACCCAGCAGCGGUCUUGUGUGCAGCAGGGACUUUGACCAAUAUGCCUGUUGGCCUGAUGGAUUCCCCAAUACCACUGUCAGCGUGCCAUGUCCGUGGUAUUUGCCUUGGUACCAAAAAGUUCAAAACGGCAUGGUGUAUAAGGAGUGUGAUGGCCAUGGCCAGUGGUUGGCUAAGAACACCAGCGAGUGUGAUACUCCCGAUUCAGACCUGCCAUACUAUGGAUACAUCCGGAUGUUGUACACAGUGGGCUAUUCCUUGUCCCUGGUGGCGUUGGUACUGGCGCUUGGUAUCCUCAUAUUCUUCAGAAAACUGCACUGCAUGAGGAACAACAUUCACAUGAAUCUGUUUGCUUCCUUCAUCCUGCGAGCCUUAUCGGUCCUUAUCAAAGAUGCUCUGCUGGAGGCCAUCCACACAUCCCACAGGAACCAGGGGUUCCCUAGUGAAUCGAUACCCCCAAUGGAGCAGCUGACGACAUUUAGCUGCCGCGUGGCCUUUGUGAUGAUGCAGUACAGCAUCAUGGCCAACAGCUACUGGCUGCUGAUGGAAGGCAUCUACCUUCAUAACCUCCUGGUCAUCACCGUGUUCACGGAGAGGAACUACUUCAAAAUCUACCUGUGCAUCAGUUGGGGUACACCAUUAAUAUUCCUUAUUCCAUGGGGUGUCUCUAAAUAUCUAUAUGAAAAUAAAGAGUGCUGGGAGCAGAAUACGGACAUGAAUAUCUGGUGGAUAAUCAGAGCCCCUAUACUGUUUGCUGUCGUGAUCAACUUCAUAAUCUUUGUACAUAUCAUCAAAAUCCUUGUUUCUAAACUUCGAGCGCACCAAAUGAGAUACACGGACUAUAAAGUCAGGUUGGCGAAGUCAACUCUAACACUGAUCCCCCUUCUGGGAAUCCAUCAGAUCAUCUUUAUCUUCCUGCCUGACGAGACCACCAACGCCACCUUACAUUUGCAUCUCACUAAGCUCUUCACUGACCUCUUCUUCUCCUCCUUCCAGGGUCUCCUGGUGGCUAUCUUGUACUGUUUUGUCAACAAAGAAGUGCAAUCCGAGAUCCUGAAGAAGUGGAAGCGCUGGAAACUAGGGCGGAACAUCGAGGAGGAAUACCGCCACACCUACAGCAACACCAACAACACCAAGACGGGCAGCCUGCUGAACCACAUACCGCGGCUCCCCCACCUGCCGGACAUCGGCACGUCUUCCGGCCCGGUCUGCAGUCCCGAAGAGCAAACGUGGCUCGUGUCCCGCUGCCACAACGGGGCGGUCCACGGCAAAGGGACGGACAACUGCGGCUCCCAGCAGAACGAGGGAACCAGCAACUGCACCCUUGAGGAGGAUGUCAGCCUGUCGGAGAGGAUGCCGUGUUACGACGUUCAGAAAGACAACGUAGAGAGCCACAUUUGAAAGCGCGAGGAGGGAGAACGUUAAGGAAGGAGGUCAGGAUGGCUUUGAGCUCUGAUGAAGCUCUGACUUAGAGGCCUGGUUGGCUGUGAAGCGGUGCGCCGACUGAUUCUCUCGUGGGAGCAGUCGUCGCUCAUCAGUGUCACUGGGAGACGGAGCAGCUCUCAUGCCCCCCCGUAGUAUGACAGCCGUACGGCACACGUCCAAACCGGGAUGCUCAGUGUGCCGUGUGUCUCGUGAACGGAUCGUUCUUGAUGUUUGUCAUUUUAGUGUAUGAAGCUGCUGCCUGUUGAACAAUUAUACAAACGGUUUCAAGAAAACGCAAGCAAACUACAAAAGAAACACAAACAACGCACAGGGUCUUGGCACGAGCCUCCGCUCGAGUGUUUGCUGUUUGACAAACGUGCGUUCUGUGGUACAACAAACUGAACAUUGGACUGCGCGCACACACAAAAAAAAAAAAACAAGACCAAAUGCGACAGGAGAAGCGGGGCAAAAGGGAAUGCUUUUUUUGUACUCUAUACGCUCUGCUCCGAUAUCUGUAUAUCGCCGUCUUGUUCGUACUGAUAUUAAUGAAACUGUACAGAGAACGAAAGGUAAAAUAUUCUGGGGACUUUACCUUAAACGGGGAUCCACAGAGUCAAUGUCGAUAGGAAAAAAGGCAGCUGAUCAACCCAGGUCAACCCUGGCUUAUACAGACAUAUAAAACAAGAUCAAGGUAUGGAUGACUAUAAGACGCAUUGUUGGAUUUUCUUUCGCCCGGUUUAGGUGUUGCUGAGUGUUACAGUUUUAUAUUGCUCACCGCUGCUAAAGUAUUUAUGCCCCCUUUUCGCAUGCCGUUACGCUGCAAACACAAACCUCAGCGAACUUUGUUGGGAUUUUAUGUGACAGACCAACAGAGAGCAGCACAUUGUUGAUAAGUGACAGACAGAAGACUCCUGGUUUUUAAUUUCUUUUUUUUACAAAUGUUAAUAUGAAAAGUGUGGUUUGCAUUUGUGGUCAUGCCCCCUGACAUGAUAUCUUAGCUGCUCUAAGGCUUUCUUGCAGGAUUGCACUUUGUUUAGUUUUACCUUUGCUAUUUCCCUCAAAUCUGACCUGCUUCACUGACCGUCUAAAAAACAACAACAACAAAAAAGCAUCUCCACAGCAUAAUGCUACCCCCCAUUAUGGGUUACCGUGUGGAUGGCUUGUUUAGAGUUGGUUUUUAGACAGCUCUUUAGAUCCCACCAUGGUGUUCAACUCUCAUUUCAGCAGCCCGGAGCACACCGUCUGUGGUUUAAAAAGGACAACCCCCCACCCGCCUUUAAUUUUAGCCUUUUAAACUGAUACAAUAAUGCAGGUUGUCCUGAUGUAAUUCUCAGAAGAAAUUGCAGUGUUUAUUAGAUUUUACAGACAAACUUGGAUGGAUGGAUGGAUGGAUGGAUGGAUGGAUGGAUGGAUGGAUGGAUGGAUGGAUGGUGCCCAGGAUUUUAUUUAGGGGUAUCAGAGUAAAGCGGAAAACAAAAAAGGCAUAACCCAAUUUCCAGAUUUGUUGUUUUAUUUGCAAAUUUUAAAAAAAAAGCAGUUUCAAUUUUUGUUGGUCAGCCACAUAAAUAUUCAGUAAAACAAAAUUUAAUUUCUGGUUUGUGAGAUAACAAAAUGUAAAGAAAAAAAAAACCUAAGGUGUAAGAGUAUUUUUUGCAAGGCACUGUAUAGCCUAUAUAGCUAGACUGCCAACCAUGUGCCGCUUGAAUCAAUGGAAAAAAAAAAACAACCAGGCAGGUGAAGCCACAUUUCAGUCAUUUCUGAAUGGGUCACUGUUACUCAAAUUGAGCCGACGCCUCCAAAACAGGGUGUGUUUGCAGUAUUACAUCGUCAAUUACGCAGCUGUAUAGAGAGCUAUAUAUACAAACUAUAAGCGUCAUUCACUCUGUGUUGAUCUAUGCCAUAACGGCACAUCGAAUGUUGUUAUAAUGUGGGACAGACAGUGCUUAGGGAGGCAGGCACCGCAUCUUUCUUUGGACAGUGUUUACCGUGCAACCAUAAGCUGAACAACAGCUGCCUGAAAGCAGAACAAAGCUUCUCCGGUUAGCUUUCAGAUGCUAAAGUUAGUGGUACAUUUGCUUGUAAAUAAGAAGCAUCGGCCACCUGCACAGCAUUAAUCAAACUUUGAUUUCCUAAAACAUCUGCCAGAGCUAACUUAACGUCAUCCUUGUAUGACUGACUAUUUGCACAGUGUUAAUUUAUAAUUGCUAAAUGUUAUAUACAUAUAUGUAAGUGUUUAUACAGAUGAUUUAGCUUUCUUGUAAAUGCGUGUUUCUGCAGGGUAUGAAUAUUUUUGAUUUUAUUAUUCCAGAUUUAUGGAUGUAUUACACCAAGAGAUAAAAAAGAAAGUAAUAAUAAUAAUAAUAAAAAAACAGCAGUCAAAAGGCUAUGGGGUUGAUAAAAAACCAGAGGAACAGAGAAGUUAAAGGCCGGUACAAAUCAGUCCCACGUUGGCAUUAAACAGCGCAGGACACAUUCAGAUUUCAUGCCUGCGUGGCGCGUAACGAAGAGAGAGCUCUGCCUUUUGUUUUAAAGUCCUGAUGGACCUCAGAGCAAAUUUGAGCACGGCAGCAACAUUUUUUUGUUGUGUCAGAUAAUUGUUCUGCUCCCAGCCAGUUUCUGCCGUUGAGUGGGUAGAAAAAAAUAAAAUAAAAAUUUGCAGGCAGAAGCUAUUUUCCAUCAGCAUCUGCUGAAGGGUUGCCACAGAGCAAGUAGACAUCCAAUAAUUGAGGUGGGAGCACAGUGCUCACACCGGUGCUGCAGAAGUGGAGGGAAAUUCGUGCAGACUCAUAAGGAAUGAGUAAUGACUGGUUUUGACACAACAAAGUCUGUUGCUUAGUCUAUUUCAACAGAAAAAUCUGCAUUUAUUGAAAUCUGACUUAUGAUCAUAGGUUUGGGUAACCCUGCCUCCUUGGACCAAAGCGGUUCUGUCUGAAUGUAUUCUUGGAAAGGCUCAGAUCGAUAUGUUUCUUUGCUCUUCUCUUAAUGGUGGUUAUGUAAAGAAUGAACAGGUCAGUGGAUGCUGACUGCGUUCAGGUGUAAACAGUCCGUCGUAUAUUGUAUUAUAUUCGUGCAAAAUGGUGAAAGAAUAGACUUUAACGUUUGUGAAAUGUGAAUUUAACUCACAAUGUAUUUUGUAUCGGUGGACAUUUAAGACAUUAAAGAAUUGAGAGAGCAUUUGUCCAUUAAACCGCUCACGUCUUUGCUCACAGCGACUGCGAGUGUUUUGACUGAUUAAGGGCUUGACGUUGCAAAAAAAAGUUGUGAUUUGUUCUCUGGUUGACAGCCUGAUUUAAAAACCAUGACAGUUAAUAGUUAUGACUGAUUAAACUUUUUCUCUCCCAA